GGCACGCACUGUUUAUAUUAUGAAUUAUAAACUCAUUAUCCCGGCGCUCCACAGUUGUCAGAAAGUUCCGGGUCAAUUCAGGGAGGUGGAUUCCGCUGGGUUCUUUUUGAUUCCUUUUCGGCCCUGGGAGGGUUUCGCGUAGAGCGCCGUCUGGAAGGCCCGGUCCCCUGCAGCUCACCGGGAGGAGUGUGGAGCUCGGGACUGGCGGGUGCGCUGGUCCCCCAAGUGACCCCGGGCACAUCGGCAUUGUCCCUCCCUCCUGCCCUCGGUCAGAAUGUACGAGCGGCACAAGCGGCGCUACAGCCUGUGUGACAUCUCCAAGGUGGACAGGACAGUGGACGUGGUGUUGCUGAAGAUAAACCGGGAAAGCUGGUGCACGAUUGAGCCGUGUGCUGAUGCAGCCUCCCUCCUGGCUCCCCCGCAGAGCCCAGUCUCUUUUUCAGAAUGUGAGAACUUCCUGGGUGUCGGGCUGGGCCCGGAGUGUGCCCCCACAGAAGGUGAACUGAAAAGAGAAUCCGGGAGUGACUCCGACCUCUUCCACUCGCCCAGCGAAGACGUGGACAGCAUCGUCUUCUCCAAGCCCGAGGAAGAGCAGUCGGUCUGUGACAUCACCGGAUCCAGUUCCUCCACCGACGACACCGCCUCCCUGGACCGACACUCCUCGCAUGGCAGCGAUGUGUCCCUCCCCCAGAUGCCAGCUCUGCACAGGUCCAGAGAGCAGCAGUCCCUCGACGGCUUCUACAGCCCCGGGGUGGGCGCAGAGGGGCGCGAGAGUGAGAGCGAGCCUGCCGGCUCAGGUGAGAUGGAGGAGGAGGAGAUGGACAGCAUCACCGAAGUGCCUGCCAACUGCUCUGUGCUGAGGAGCUCCCUGCGUUCGCUGUCCCCUUUCCGGAGGCACAGCUGGGGUCCUGGCAAGAAUGCCGCCAGCGAUGGAGAAAUGAGCCACCGGAGUUCAAUGCGCGUUCUUGGCGAUGUUGUCAGGAGACCUCCCAUUCAUAGGAGAAGUAUGAGCUGGUGUCCCUCUGGUGUGCAGUGCUCUGCUGCCCUGAGUGCCGACUUUAAUUACAGAAGUUUCAGCCUGGAAGGUUUGGCAGGAGGCGCUGGGGGCGGAAACACGCCAUCUUCAUCUCUGGAAGGAAACUCUGCAAAUGCCCAAGAGCUCAGGCACCCGUUCGGGGGUGAGGAACGGGGUGACUCUCUGGUGUCCCUUUCAGAAGAGGAUCUGGAAUCGGGCCAGAGAGAACAUCGGAUGUUUGGUCAUCAGACCUGUCACAGAUCUAAGCAACAGGGGUUCAACUACUGCACGUCAGCCGUUUCUUCCACUUUGACAAAAUCCGUCUCGUUAAUGACCAUCAGCCACCCUGGGUUCGACGGUUCCCGGUCUUUCCACAACACCAGCGCUAAUCUGACGGAGAGUAUAACAGAGGAGAACUACAGCUUCCUGCCGCAGAGCCCCUCCAAGAAAGACUUGGAAGGGAAGAGUGGGACAAAAGUCAGCCGCACUUUCAGCUACAUCAAGAAUAAAAUGUCCAGCAGUAAAAAGAGCAAAGAAAAGGAGAAAGAGAAAGAUAAAAUCAAGGAGAAGGAGAAGGAUUCUAAAGAGAAGGAGAAGGACAAAAAGCUCCUCAACGGCCACGCGUUCAGUGCCAUUCCCGUCGUGGGGCCCAUCAGCUGCAGCCAGUGUGCGAAGGCCUUCACCAGCAAGGACGCCUACACUUGUGCAAAUUGCAGUGCUUUCGUCCACAAAGGCUGUCGAGAAAGUCUGGCCUCCUGUGCGAAGGUCAAAAUGAAGCAGCCGAAAGGGAGCCUUCAGGCGCACGACACGUCAUCCCUGCCCACAGUCAUCAUGAGGAACAAGCCCUCGCAGCCCAAGGAGCGCCCUCGGUCCGCAGUCCUCCUGGCUGAUGAAGCCACUGCCGCCCCCCUGUUCCCCAAUAGACGGUCCCAGCAGAGCAUGUCGCUGUCCAAAAGUGUCUCCAUACAGAACAUCGCUGGAGUUGGCAACGACGAGAACAUAUCGAACACCUGGAAGUUCCUGUCGCACUCCACAGACUCGCUGAAUAAAAUCGUCAAGGUCAACGAGUCCACAGAAUCCCUUACUGACGAGGGAGUAGGUACAGACAUGAAUGAAGGACAGCUGAUGGGCGACUUCGAGAGUGAGUCCAAGCAGCUGGAGGCGGAGUCCUGGAGCCGCGUGGUGGACAGCAAGUUUCUGAAGCAGCAGAAGAAGGAUGCGGUCAAGCGGCAGGAGGUGAUCUAUGAGCUGAUGCAGACGGAGCUGCACCACAUCCGCACGCUCAAGAUCAUGAGCGACGUGUACAGCCGGGGCAUGAUGACCGAGCUGCUCUUCGAGCAGCAGACGGUGGAGAGGCUGUUCCCCUGCUUGGACGAGCUGAUCAGCAUCCACAGCCAGUUCUUCCAGAGGAUCCUGGAGCGGAAGAAGGAGUCCCUGGUGGAGAAGAGCGAGAGGAACUUCCUCAUCAGGAGGAUUGGCGACGUGCUUGUGACCCAGUUUUCCGGGGAGAACGCUGAGCGCCUGAAGAAGACGUACGGCAAGUUCUGUGGGCAGCACAACCAGUCGGUGAACUACUUCAAAGACCUUUACACCAAGGACAAGCGUUUUCAGGCCUUCGUGAAGAAGAAGAUGAGCAGCGCGGUCGUGAGGCGGCUGGGCAUUCCCGAGUGCAUAUUGCUGGUCACGCAGCGCAUCACCAAGUACCCCGUGCUGUUCCAGCGGAUCCUGCAGUGCACCAAAGACAAUGAGGUGGAGCAGCAAGACCUGGCGCAGUCCCUGAGCCUCGUGAAGGAGGUGAUUGGAGCCGUGGACAGCAAAGUGGCGAGUUACGAGAAGAAAGUGCGUCUGAAUGAGAUUUAUACGAAGACAGACAGCAAGUCGAUCAUGAGGAUGAAGAGCGGGCAGAUGUUUGCCAAGGAGGACUUGAAGCGGAAGAAGCUGGUGCGGGACGGGAGUGUGUUUCUGAAGAACGCAGCGGGCAGGCUGAAAGAGGUCCAAGCAGUGCUGCUGACUGACAUUUUAGUUUUCCUUCAAGAAAAAGACCAGAAGUACGUCUUUGCGUCAUUGGACCAGAAAUCCACAGUGAUCUCCUUGAAGAAGCUGAUUGUGAGGGAGGUGGCGCACGAGGAGAAGGGGUUGUUCCUCAUCAGCAUGGGCAUGAAGGACCCGGAGAUGGUGGAAGUCCACGCCAGCUCCAAGGAGGAGCGCAACAGCUGGAUCCAGAUCAUCCAGGACACCAUCAACACCCUGAACAGAGAUGAAGAUGAAGGAAUUCCCAGUGAGAAUGAGGAAGAAAAGAAAAUGCUGGACACCAAAGCCCGGGAAUUAAAAGAACAACUUCAGCAAAAGGACCAGCAGAUCCUGCUCCUACUGGAAGAGAAGGAGGUGAUCUUCCGGGACAUGAUGGAGUGCAGCACCCCCUUGCCGGAGGAAUACUCCCCAACCCUCGGCCCUCGAAUCCUCUUCCGCUCCAACACAGAGGAGGCGCUCAAGGGAGGACCUUUAAUGAAAAGUGCAAUAAAUGAGGUGGAGAUCCUUCAGGGUUUGGUGAGUGGAAGCCUGGGAAGCCCCCUCGGGCAGGCGGUGAGCAGCCCUGUGGGGCAGGAAGGCACCGUUGGCCCCGUCUCCUUGCCCCGGAGAGCGGAGACCUUCGGGGGAUUCGACAGCCAUCAGAUGAACGCUUCCAAAGGAGGAGACAAGGAAGAGGGAGACGAUGGCCAGGAUCUGCGGCGCACGGAGUCGGACAGUGGUCUGAAAAAGGGUGGAAAUGCUAACCUGGCGUUCAUGCUGAAAAGAAACAACGAGCAGGUCAUCCAGAGCAUCGUCCACCUCCACGAGCUCCUUAGCACUUUGCAGGGGGUGGUGCUGCAGCAGGACAGCUACAUCGAGGACCAGAGGCUGCUGCUGAGCGAGAGGGCGCUGGCCCGCAGCGCGUCCCGGCCCAGCUCCCUGGUGGAGCAGGAGAAGCAGCGCAGCCUGGAGAGGCAGCGCCAGGACCUGGCCGACCUGCAGAGGCAGCAGGCGCAGCACCUGGAGGAGCGGCGGCGGCGGGAGCGCGAGUGGGAGACCCGGGAGCGGGCGCUGCAGGAGCGGGAGGCCCGGCUGGCCCAGCGCGAGGAGGAGGUGCAGCGGGGCCAGCAGGACCUGGAGCGGGACCGGGAGGCGCUGCUGCAGAAGCGGGGCGCCUACCAGUACGACCUGGAGCGGCUGCGCACGGCCCAGAGGCAGCUGGAGCGCGACGCCUGUCAGGUCUCCCAUCCACACACCAAGCUGCUGAGGAUCCCCACCUUCCUCCCCAACCCCGAGGAGUCCCCCCCGCCGCCCGCGCCUUCCAUAGCCAAGUCGGGGUCCUUGGACUCAGAACUCUCGGUGUCCCCAAAACGGAACAGCAUUGCUCGGACACACAAAGACAAGGGGCCUUUUCACAUACUGAGUUCUGCCAGCCAACCCAGCAGAGGGCCGGAGGGCCCCAGCCAGACCCCCGCGCCCCCCUCCUCCUCCACCCGCCUGUUUGGAUUGGCAAAGCCAAAGGACAAGAAGGAGAAAAAGAAGAAGAACAAAGGCCGCUCUCCGUCUGGGGACGGCCCUGCAUCAGAAGUGCCCGCAGAGGGUGAGGAGAUCUUCUGCUGACCCCCCUCCCCUGCUGGCCGUGGCACCAGCCCCCUCCUGCUGUCCCUGCGUGCCCACUCUCCUGCGUGGACACCGCCCUCUUCAAGCAUCGCUCCUCCGCACUGCAGGGCCGGGACCUGAGGGACAGGGGGUCCCGCGCGUUGGUGGGUGAGGAGGCCCAAACUUCCCACCCUGGCGACGGGGUGGGGGCCGGCCGGUUGAGGGUGUUACACUGAAAGUAGUGUCCCCAGAAGUCCAGGCGGUGGUUUGGGCCAUGUCAGGAAUCCUAAAAGCUGAAAGAAUGUUCCAGAUGAGGUGUGAAAUGCUGGCUGCCUUUUGUUUUGGGGACCGCCUCUGAGACUCCAACAGCAGGCAGAGGGGACUUGCUGUGUGUGCAUACACAGUGACCGUCUGCGUCUGCACGUGGGGCUGGCAGGAUCACGCAGUCUGUCCAUGAGCACUGCACAGGCGCGUGCAGGCUUGGCUCUCGCCGCUGGGCCCCGAGGCGGUUUCCCACCCCCCACUCCGCACCCGUUUGCGUGUAUCUCAGUUCACUGUAGAAGGGAUGACGGACACGUGUGGAAACCAGUGAGAAAAGACUUGGUGUUUCCAAAGCAUCCGAUCUGCACCUCCUCAAUUCUCGUGUUCCAGCCAC